AUGGCGGAAUCAGUGACCAAAGCCCCUACGGGCAAGAAGGCCGUCGACCAAGUCGAGUACCCUUCAAGCACUCUCCCUGGAUUGAAAGAGAAGGAUGCCAUCGCUGUCUCUCAGGCCAACAACCGUGUUGUUGAUUCGGUCAUAUUCGAAAUGGAACAAGAGCUUGCCGCUGCCGGCGGCUUGUCCAAGGGGUUUUUCGAUUUACAGUUCAAGGACCCCAGACACUUCACCUGGAUCAUAGUCUUAUUUGCCUCCAUGGGUGGUCUUCUCUCUGGUCUCGAUCAAUCGCUUAUCUCUGGUGCCAAUCUGUUCCUUCCCGACGACCUUGGCCUGGAUACUCGGCAAAACAGCUUGGUGAACUCGGGUAUGCCUCUAGGUGCCGUCGGCGGUGCCAUCCUCCUCGGUCCUCUCAACGAGUGGUUCGGAAGACGUUGGUCUAUCAUCAUCUCGACAAUCCUGUACACAAUUGGCGCCGCGCUUGAGGCUGGUGCCAUGAAUUUUGGCAUGAUUGUUGCUGCCCGUGUCAUCCUUGGUAUCGGUGUCGGCCUUGAAGGUGGUACUGUUCCCGUCUACGUCGCCGAGACCGUCGAGCGCAGGGUUCGUGGUAACCUCGUCUCCCUCUACCAGUUCAAUAUUGCCCUAGGAGAGGUUCUAGGCUACGCCAUUGCUGCCAUGUUUCUGAACGUCCCUGGUAACUGGCGAUACAUUUUGGGCUCGUCCCUGGUUUUCUCCACCAUCAUGUUUGUGGGUAUGCUUUUCUUGCCCGAGUCCCCCAGAUACCUAAUGCACAAGGGCCGGAAACUUGAUGCUUACAAGGUCUGGAAACGUAUUCGUGGUGUCGAGACAGAGGACGCCAAGGAGGAGUUCUUUGUCAUGCAGGUCUCGGUGCUUGACGAGCAUCAAGUCGUGUCUGAAGGAGCUAAGAACAAGCGCUACCCCUGGAUGGACUUCAUCUCCGUCCCCAGAGCACGCCGUGCCCUUGUUUACGCCAACAUCAUGAUUCUUCUUGGACAGCUUACUGGUGUCAAUGCCAUCAUGUACUACAUGUCCACCCUGAUGACACAGAUUGGUUUCGAUAAAACCAAAGCCACCUACAUGUCUCUCGUCGGUGGUGGGUCCCUCCUGGUCGGCACUAUUCCUGCAUGUUUCUAUAUGGAGAAAUUCGGUCGCCGAUUCUGGGCCAACGCCAUGUUGCCUGGAUUCUUUGUUGGUCUUCUCAUCAUUGGUUGCAGCUACCAAAUCGACCCUGCGACGAACCCCAAUGGUGCCAUUGCCUGUUACCUUACCGGCCUCAUCCUGUACAUGGGCUUUUUCGGUUGUUACGCCUGUCUGACUUGGGUCGUCCCAUCCGAGGUAUACCCAACAUACUUGCGUCACUGGGGUAUGACAACCUCCGAUGCCCUCCUUUUCCUGGCAUCUUUCGUCGUCACCUACAACUUCUCCGCCAUGCAAGAAGUCAUGAAGCCUGAAGGUCUGAUGCUUGGCUUCUAUGGUGGUAUCGCGGUCAUCGGCUGGUUUUACCAGAUUCUCUUCAUGCCAGAGACAAAAGAUAAGACGCUCGAAGAGAUCGACCUUCUUUUUGAGAAACCUACGAGGGAGAUUGUUGCCUUGAACCUGAAGAACACCUCGCAGUUCAUGUCUAAUUUGUUCCACGGACGAUGGACUGCCAAGAGCCAGGCGGCUACAGGCACCGCGGCCUCGCCACCUGCUGGACUAACGGAGAAGGAGAAGGAGCUUGAUGCUGAUGUCUAA